GAAGCCUUAGUAUUUGCCCUUUCCUCUUUGUUGAGCAACGUUAAUUGGAUUAUAAAAGAGAGAAAAUCAAUACAUAACUUUUCACGAACAUGAGUUUUCCCACUUUCCAAAAAGUUAUUAAAGCUCCUCUGAAAAACUGAAGAACUAUAUGAGCUUUUUAAAAACCUGAAAUCUACGUUUGCGUUUUUUGACGAUCUCAAAACGAGUUCUCUAUCCGAAACAAACGAAGAACUGAAUAUUUGUACGGUGUAGAAUGAAUAAAAUAAAUCGGCUAUAUAAUUAUCAAACAGCCUUAAUAGCUCAGACUAUAUAACCCAAGUACUCACAAGUUUAUGAAUGAGAAAAUUGAUGGGUUCUCAAUUUUUCGUAAAAAGUGGAGAUCAGACGUAUAUUUAUGACGAAAAGUACUUUGACUAUAGUGAUCAUUCCGUAUGCAAAAUUUCGUUUAUGAGUUACUGCUGUCUGUGUGUGUUUCAGCCAAAUUCUUUGUAUACUAGUUCCACAGUAUGCCAGAGUGAUUUGCGAAUAGUUUCAUGUACGGCUUGUAUGAUAUAAGCGUCUAAAAGCUUAGUUUAGGAUGAUGGCUGUAAACAUCACGAAAAGUUGCCAUAGAAAACUUUUUAUGUUUUGUUUUACGAAAAAUAAAUAUUGAAUUGUAUUUCUGUAUUGUAUAUUUAUUCUGCAUGGAUUUUCAUGAUUUUUGUUUUACUCUAAUAUCAUUUUAAAUAUAUAAUCUUAUUUUGUUCGAAAAGAAUCUCCACUCCUAUACACAUUUAUUAUAUUUACUUGGCUUUCAUUCCUCUAUCGUACUCAUCAUGUAGUACGCAAACUACGCCAGUUAUGGCUCCCAUUUCAUCUCGUCUAAAACAAAACAAAAUAAUUUCAAAAACAGACCACGUUAAAAGGACUAGUUUAUUUUCACUGUCUACAGUCAAUGGUGUCAAACGUUAUGUACCACAAAAUACUAAUAUGGAUUCAAGACGAUCAAGUUCAGAUGCAUCCGACGAUCAACAACAACACCAACAAUCAUCAUCGUUUUUACGAGAAAUACGAAGUAUUGAAAAAUCAAAACGGACGAAAUUUAAGCGUAAUCGAAUAAGAGGUAAAGGAUGUACAAAACCACGAAGAAGAAGUAAGCGUCAAACGACACCUAUUGGCAGAAAGUUAAUUAAUCAAGCAUUGCAUCAAAGUUUAGUAUCAAACUGGAUUAAUGUUAAGAGCGCAGCAAUACUAUCAGCAACGACUAUCAGCAAUACUCCCGGCAAUGAAGCGGACGAUGAACUGAGUACAGUUGAAGACGAAAAUUAUGUUGAUUAUAUUAACGAGGAGAUUGAGGAAUACAGCUGCAAAGAUCAAGAAGAGAAAGUCUGUGCCACAUCACUUACUCUCGAACAACAAUUAGAAAAUUUAUUAUUAACAGUUAAACAAGAUUUUCAACCAUCACUAUCAUCAUUAACAACAACAGUUGCCCGUGUGGAUAGCGGACAAGAUAGUUUAAAUUUGGAAAAUAUUGAUCGUUUAAAUACAAUGAAACACAUUCUGUUUGUCGAUCUAGAUAAUUGGUCGGUAUUUUUUCAACGUUUACCAAAUGCAUUACCAGAAAAUAUUUUUGUGAUUGGAUUUAGUGGAGGGAAACACCAAUGGAAAACGCCAACUGAACUAUCUAAUACAUUAAUAAAAAAACCUAAUAAAGAUAAAAAUGGACAUCUCUGCUAUAUUAUUCGAAAUCCUUUUAGUGAUCCUGUAUAUAGAAGUUUACUAUCGUCUCAUAAUUUUCAAUUAAUGAAACAAAGUGGACAACGUCAUGAUGCUGCUGAUUUUGCACUCGUUCUAACCUUUGGCAAACUACAUGCUCUAUUGCCAAAAUCGAUACCUUUCACGAUCGUUAGCGGUGAUAAAGGUUUUACAGAAAUUAUUCAUCAAUUACAACACUCACAACGUCGAAUAACAUGGUUAAAUCCUCAUUUAAUUGAAGUCUAUCAAAUAUGUCUACUGUGGUCAUAG